AUGGCUACCGCUGUCUACGUCGUUUCGGGUGCUGGAGGAGUCGGUUCCUGCGUGAAUGGUGUCUACGUAUGCGUCGGUGUUUUGAACGGCAAGCCAAAAUACCAACUGCAGAACGGCCGUGCCAUUCUCUACUUCCAAGAUCUUUGGAAAAUCAACUAUCGUGACGACGAGUCGGGCUGGUACUAUGCCCACCCAGACGACAAGUCCGAGACACCGCCCUCAGGGGAAUGGACCACGGAAGGCUACUUCUUGGGCAACGCCGAGCCCCCGCCCUCCGUGACUGUCGAGCUGUUGACGCAGGAAAUCUGGGUCUCCGGCGCCGGCUGCGUUGGCUGCACCGUCAACGGUCUGUACACCCGGAUCGACUCAUUGAAUGGACGGCCGAAGUACCAGCAGGUGAAUGGCCGCGCCAUUGUGUACUUCAACGAGCACUGGAAGAUCAAUUACCGCGAUGAUGUGUCAGGCUGGUAUUAUCAGCAUCCAGAUACGACGUCCGAGACGCCGCCUAAUGGCUACUGGACGACUGAGGGCUAUUUCUUUGAUGACGCUGACCCCCCACCGGUGGUCGCCAGCAUCACACUUGAGGACGAGAGUCAACAAGACACAGUUCUCAGAUGCGCACGCCUCUCCGUGCGCGUGCGCCGUGGUCCAGACUGGUGCUGGAAUCAGCAAGACGGCGGUGCAGGUCAUUUCGGGCUGACGAUUGAGCGAUUGAGCGCAACACCUGGCUGGGUCGGCGUCUUGUGGGACACAGGUGAUGAAAACAACUACCGAGUUGGCCAUGACGACUCCCACGACUUGGUCUUGGUCACAUCCUUCCGGGUAUCGGGGGCCGGUGGCAUUUGCGACUUCAUGAACGGUGACUACGUGCAGUUUGACACCUUCAAUGACAGACCGCGAUAUCGCCUGCAUGGGGGUGAUGGCAUCCUAUUCUUUGAGGAUAACUGGAAGCUGGGAAAUCGGCGCGAGCCGGGUUGGCAAUACUGGCACCCAAACGUCUCCUCCAAGACACCACCAACCGGUCCUUGGUCGAUGGCCUCCUACCACUCGUCUCCCGAGAACGACUUUAGCCCAGCACCCUCGGUCUCCGAAAUCCACGAAGUGGUCGAGACAGCUGGCAGCGAAGUGCGUUCAGGCAAGCACAGCGACACUGCUGACAACCAGAUUUGCGGCUACGACGAAGACUGGGAGAAUCCGGAGGAGGCGCAGAAGGCCAAGUGUUCCAUUUGCCUAUGUGUCGCGCGAGACGCUCUUAACCAUGAGUGCGGAGAGUUGUUCUGCGAAGCCUGCUGGAUCAAGUGCCAGGCAGAAGACGAGAAGUGCCCAGUGUGUCGGCAAGAUGGCAGCACAAAUGUGGCGCCUGCUUAUGCAAAUCGCAGAGCCAUACUCAACCUCAUGAUGCGUUGCCCCAACAAGUGUGGGCAGUGUUUCAGCUUGCGCGAGAAGGACAGUCACCUCAAUGAGUGUGCACCCCGCACUGCGCGGCAGCUUGCGCCGGUGAGUUGUGAGUUCUGUGGGGACGCAGUGCCAGCUGACGGUUUGGAGCGUCAUAUGGAAGCCAACCCUGUUUGCAAGCACAUGAAGGCACUGUACGAGGAGGUGCGCGAGCUGAGACGCGAAAUCCGCGAGCUCAAAGACAGAGCCGAAUCGCUCUCUUCGCUUGUCGAGUUCUUCUACUUGUUGCCACGAGGAGCCACUGUCGCAGACCGGCUGUGGGUGGUGCUGAACCUCGGUUCCCUGACACUACUGACGCCAGAGGUUUGCUCUAUCGACUUGAGUCAAGGUAUGAUUGUGCUGACGGGGCUUAGUGUGAAGGGCCUACUGCGAAAUUUUGAUCUGGUGGAUUACAUCUUCAGCGACCCUUUGGUUGAGUGCACCAUUCCCGAUGUGGAGACUGAAGAAUCAGACGCGGCCUCGAGUGAGAAGGAUGAGUCGCGGGAAUCUACCGAAGAGACGGCAAGGACAUCAGAGGUUGUGAGCCUUUGGACCCUGGCUACCUGUGGCCUGCCACUCUCGGGAUUUUGUUUAGCUUUCCUGAACGCCACCGUCACAGGCGUUUCCUACGGGUUCUUCCUGGGCUACAUGGGACUGGAUUCGAACAUCAUGAUGUCGGUAACAUCCCUCAUGCAGCUUCCACAAGUGCUGCUUCUUCCUCUUGGGGUGAUGAACGACUGCAUCCCAAUCCUUGGAUACAACAGGAAGCCUUACUUGCUGGCAGCUUGGCUGAUCUGUGCCGGUGCUCUCUUGACCAUGAGUACAAGGAACUGGUAUGUCAUCCCCAUGUUCAUUCUUGUCGCCGGCAUCCAGCUGGGAUGUGUGGCCGGGGAGGGCUUGUUGUUGGAGUACUCCCAGGCAGAGGCGCCGCAGUGCCGUGGCAAGAUGAAGGCCGAAUUCACCAUGGUCACUAUGGCCGGAUCGCUCACGUCCUCUGCAGUCAUCGGGUUGUUCAUGAACCGCAAGGAGUACUUGGGCACCUUCGACUGGGGUCUAUCCUUCAGCGGCUUGAUGAUCUUGUGCUUCGCCAUCGUCCUAUGCAUGUUGCCGAUUUGCGUGAGGUGUGUCUACGAGUCCAAGAAGGUCGAGCGGCCAUCCUUCCGAACCCAUGUGGAGAACUCUUGGAGUCUUAUCCGAAGCAAGUGCCUCGCAAGCGUCUUGCUCUACGCCUUCAUCACGCAGUUCCUGAGCCAGCUUACCACCACCGCAAGGCCCUUGGUCCGGUGUAUCUGGGCUGAGGUCAAGGUCCUGCAGGCACAGCUCUUCCAGAUGGGAGGCAUGGUCAUGAUGAUCGCUGUAGUUUGGAUAUACAAGGUCUACUUCCUCCAGUCAUGUUGGAGGCGUUCGAUCUUCGUUGCCAUCUUGACAGUGACACUGAUGGACUCCAUCCCAUCUUUCUUUGCAGUCUUCAACGUGAUUCGGAACCAGUACUUCUUCCUUGGUGAUGAAAUGGCCAGCGCGGUGCCCACUGCAGCUCUAGGCUUGAUUUUGAACCUAAUUGUCAUCGAACUCUCCGAGCCCGGACAGGAAGGCUUGUGUUAUGGCUUGGUUGGAACCAUCAUGCACUCCAGCCAGCCGGUUUCCACGGCAGUAAGCAAUCAAGUCUCUAGCCUCUUCACUCCCUCCUUGUCCAAACCACAGAACUACGCCAUGGACACGCCAAGUUUUCGAACGACUGUAGCUUGGUCGUACGUGUUUACUUAUGGCGCCUCCUUGCUUGGUGCCUGCGCGCUUCCCUUGAUCCCGCGGCAGAAGGCAGAUGCCCAGCGGAGGAAGUUGGAGUGGAGCUCCAGUCCGCUGAUGACUGCUUUGGUCUUAGGCGUCCCAGCUCUGUGUCUCCCUUACGGCAUCACCGUUUUGGUCCUCACUAGCCAACCAGACACGGCAUGUUUGCGUUGGAUUGGCGGCCAGGGUUGCGAAAACCUUCCCUGA